GGGACGCCGCGGACCGUAGAGAGCACUUAGCUGCCUGAUACUUACUUCCUGGGAUUCCUGAAGCCCGAGUUGCUUCUAACCAUGCAGCGGAGAUCUAGAGGAGUCAAUACUGGCCUGCUUCUGCUUCUUUCUCAAAUCUUCCAUGUUGGUAUCAACAAUAUUCCACCUGUGACCCUGGCAACUUUGGCUGUCAACAUCUGGCUCUUUUUAAAGCCUCUGAAGCCUCUCUAUAGCUCUUGCCUUAGCGUAGAGAAGUGCUACCAUGAGCAAGACUGGCAACGCUUGCUGCUCUCACCCCUUCACCAUGCGGAUGAUUGGCAUUUGUAUUUCAACAUGGCAUCCAUGCUGUGGAAAGGCAUGAAGCUGGAGAGAAGACUGGGCAGUCGCCGGUUUGCCUUUAUCAUCACCACAUUCUCGUUACUCACGGGGGUGGUGUACCUGGUGCUGGAAUUUGCUCUUGCAGAAUUUAUGAAUGAGCCUGACUUCAGAAGGAGCUGUGCAGUUGGUUUCUCAGGAGUGCUGUUUGCUCUGAAAGUUCUGAACAACCACUAUUUCCCUGGAGGCUUUGUCAAUGUUUUGGGCUUUUCUGUCCCCAACAGAUUUGCUUGUUGGGCAGAACUUGUGGCUAUUCAUUUCUUCACACCAGGGACUUCCUUUGCUGGGCAUCUGGCCGGAAUUCUUGUUGGACUAAUGUAUGUUCAUGGACCUUUGAAGAAAAUUAUGGAGACAUGUGCAGGUAUUUUCCCAUCCAAUAUUGGCUACGGAGGGCAACAGUACCACUUUAAUAAUUCAGGCUACUCUGGCUAUCACCCUAAUGGCAGACCAGGUUACUAUGAUGGCAUACCCAGGAACUAUGAUGCUUACACUGCAGGGCUGAGUGAAGAGGAGCAGCUGGAGAGGGCGCUUCGAGCCAGCCUCUCGGACCAAGGAAAUGCCAGAGGCAGCCCCCAGCCCUACGGGUUCCGCCUGACUCCCGAAGAGGAGAUGAGGAGACAGAGACUGCACCGCUUCGAUGGCCAGUGAGUGGCCUGGGCACACGGGUUCCCAUUGUUUCCCGCCGGGGUCACCCCCCAACCUUUUGAUAAAGUUUGCACGAAAGCACAUGGGAUCCGCUUGUUGGGGCUGCAG